UGGCAUUACACAAAAACUAAGUGCCGAGGGAAGAAGUUAUGGAAAAAUUGGCAUAGAGAUAAAUAAAUUAAAAUAAAUAACAAAAAUUGUGAAUGAAAUAUUAAUAAUAAUUGUUGUUACUGUGUGAACUGCAGAAGUGAUUAGACAACCCAUCGAAUUUUUAAGAAACGAUGUUCGUUUAUUUUUAAUUGUUUAAUAGAAAGGAUCUCGUGUUUAAUAAAAAUCAUACGCUCGUAAUAAUAACUUUAUUACCAAUUUAUAGUAUAAAUUAUACUGUAUUCAUUAGUUAAGUAAUAAGUGUACAUAUACGUAGUAAUUUAAUAAACAUGGGCUGCACUACUUCAGCUGAAGAACGCGCUGCUAUCCAACGUUCAAAGCAAAUCGAAAAGAAUCUCAAGGAAGAUGGCAUACAAGCGGCGAAGGAUAUUAAGCUCUUGUUACUUG